UCUGCGUAGCUGUGGGCAGUUCAGCCGCUGCAUCACCAUGCAUGAGAUGCCAGCAACAUAUGCUCCUCUCUUUUACCACUCGUUAGUGUUAUUAUAGGGAAAAAAAAAAACUCGGCUGUUUCAUUUAAUCAGAUAUUCCUGAACAUUGAUCUGCAGUCACUUGUUUUAUUUCCCUGCUUAACCAAGUGAUCUGUUUGAUGCCGAGAUGGUGAUGGUGGAGGGUGGAAGUGUAAUGCAGAAUGCAGAGGAGAUGCCAUCCACUAAUGGUGUAGGAGCGGACAGGCAAGCGGCACCGGCAGAGAGCAGGGAUGGCAAAGACCGUCGUUCUCAGGAGAUUGUCUGGAGAAAUGUGGUCCUGAUGGCUCUUGACCACAUCGGAGCGGUAUAUGCUCUCUCGCUCAUCCCAAAAGCGCACCCUCUCACCUGGAUCUGGGCGUAUCUGUGCUUCUUACUCACGGCUCUGGGGGUGACCGCUGGGGCUCAUCGAUUGUGGAGCCACAGAUCUUACAAAGCGAAGCUGCCUCUGAGGAUAUUCCUGGCUGCAGCCAACUCUAUGGCUUUCCAGAACGACAUCUUCGAGUGGUCACGGGAUCACAGAGUGCACCACAAGUACUCCGAGACAGACGCCGACCCGCACAACGCCACGCGGGGCUUCUUCUUCUCCCAUGUGGGCUGGCUGUUCAUUAGGAAGCACCGCGACGUCAUCGACAAGGGGAAGAAGCUGGAUUUCAGUGACCUGAUGGCCGACCCUGUUGUGAUGUUUCAACGGACGUAUUACAAGAGCUCUGUGCUUCUUAUGUGCUUCAUCCUCCCUACCCUGGUGCCCUGGUACUUCUGGGGAGAGAGUCUGUGGAACUCCUUCUUCCUGGCCUCCAUCCUGCGCUACACCAUGUGCCUGAACGUCACCUGGCUGGUGAACAGCGCUGCACACAUGUACGGCAACCGGCCGUACGACAAGAGCAUCAGUCCCAGGGAGAACAGAUUUGUCACAUUCGGAGCCAUUGGUGAAGGGUUCCACAACUACCACCACACCUUUCCCUUUGACUACUCUACCAGCGAGUUCGGCCUGCGGCUGAACCCGACCACGUGUUUCAUUGAUCUUAUGUGCUGGCUGGGCCUGGCGAGUGACCGGAAACGAGCCUCCAAAGAAAUCAUUGAGGCCCGCAAGAAAAGAACUGGGGACGGCAGCUACUGAAGAAAACACUCAACACCUAACGAAGAAGAAGAAGAAGAAGAAGACGACUAAAGCCUUGCAUUCUGUAAAAAAAGAAAUAAAAAGAAGAAAUUCAGUUGUUGUGAUCUUUUAGGAUACAUUUGUAAUUUCAAGCUAUCAACUAUGUGUUUCCACUUCCCCCCUGUAAGGUGUAGCUUUUUUUUAAUUUAUUUUUAAAAUGUGAACAUAAAGUGAACAGAAUGGUAUCUUACAAUAGCAGUGGGAUAAAUUCUGCCCCCUGCAGCCUCAGGGUCUCUCAAGGCAUAGUCUUGAUGAUUCAGGUCAAGGUUCGUACUUAACACACUUAACUAGACCAGAACUUGAACUGGGCCUGGAAUCAUCAGAUCUUUGACACGGUGGGUGGAGGGGUUGCUGUGAUUAUUCAAGAAGUAGUUAGAUGGCACACUAGAAAAAUGGUGCACUGAAAACAAAUUGACCUAAUUACAUAUUUUCCUUCCUAAGGAUUUUGGAUGAUCCUCGCUGGAAAUUCAUCUAUGAGAAAUAGAUGAAAGCUGAAAUGAGUUAAUGAUUUACAGCUUACCCUGAUUCUUAUAGUAUCUUUUUUGUAUUAGUGGGCAAAAUAACCAUGAGUCAUCAGCCCAAAAUGUGAGCAAAAACAAAAGUUAUAUAAAAUUUAUAAGUAAAUAGUGUAACCCCCCCCUCAGCCAUGUAUUUGUUUAUUGUGCAUGGCUGGGGGUGCAGUAUCUUAUUGUAAAUUAUCUUUAAUCAAAAGAAUGGCAUCAUCUUAUUAAGAUAUGUUAAAUGUUACUGUCACUUAUCCUAUGAGAAACGAUAUGUGCCAGUCUGUCUGUGAAUUGUGCAGGAUACUGCAAAGUAAACAGUAAGGACAUGCAUGCUAAACCCCUGUCCACCUGACAUGCCCUAAGAUGUUGUUUAAAACAUCCAUGGAAAAGCAAGCAUAUUUUUCACAAAGAGAAAACCUUAUGUAGUAAUUAAGUUAAAGACAAGGACAUGUGAAUGUUCUAAAGCAUUAAUACAUUAUCUUCUAUAGCACCACACUGACUGCAGCGGUGCUGUAAUUUAGAUUGAAUCCAGUUCUCAUUAGUGUUAAACCUAGUUAAACUGAGAACCACUAACAAAAAAAUAGAAUUUCCUUUUUUGGGGGUUUAAAACUACCACUGCCAAUGUCAGAAACCUUAUAUUAAUGCCAGUGUUGAAACACCGAGAGCCAAGCAUUGGGGGCAGGAGGUUGGCGUUCAAUAAAGAACGGCCUCUUUUUUUUUUUUUUUUUUAAUAAUAAUGAAUUCAUACAGAAAUACACAUUCAAAAUGUAUAGCAGCUUGAAAUAGGUGUCAGAUAAUGGACUGCACAUUUCCACUGAGAAGUGCAACUACAGAUUGAUAGAAUGUUUUUAUUUUUUUGAUAAUUUCAUUUUUUAUUUUUGAUCCAAAAAGACAUUACAUUUUUACUUACUGAUGUUGCCGGGCUGUUCCGCAUAGUAUUCUCUCUUGUCCAGAGUGCUUUAUCAUCUGCAUCUAUAUUCUGUUGAUUUUUAAAUGUAAAUGUGUCGAAGGAAAUGCUGUCCUUUGAAGAGUGAGACAUCUGAUUUAUAGAGGUCUGACUUUUAAGUGAUUGUAAAACAGUUUUCAGCAAUGCCAAAAUACACAAUUUCCUGACUACUCAUUUCAUAUAUGUCACGUAGAAGCUACGUUCUGUAUUUUAGCUACAAUGGAACCCAACAAAUUAACAAAGUUGCAUUAUGUUUUCUGUCUUUUUACUUGCUUGUGGUGUUGCUGCCUUCAUUUGCUUUUUAAAUAUACACUGCCCUACGUGGAAGCGCUAAAUGGAACUGUCUCUUUUUCAAAUGUGUUUUGAACACACUGCUUUCUGGCACGGGUGCACUUUGAGAAAGGAAGUAGCUAUCUCAAUUUUUUUUUUGGUCUAUUGUAAAAGUAACAUUUAAUAAUGCCAAAUAUGAUUUCGUAAACCAGAGGCUUUCAAUAUCAACGUGUUGGCUUAAGUGUCAUUGGCUGUAGUGUUGAAUUCUGAACUUUUUUUUUCAAUAAAUACUGCAGAUGUGA